AUGGAAUGUUCAGGCAAAUGGAUUGGAGUAAGAAAGAAGUGUUUCUAUUUUUCCAGUGAUACCAAAAAUUGGACAGCCAGUAAAAGAUUUUGCAGUUCACAGGGAUCAGAACUUGCUCAUAUUGAUACAGAAGAGGAUAUGGAGUUUUUGAGGAGACAUACAGGAACUUUUAUGCACUGGAUUGGAUUGAACAGGAAACAAGGAGAGUCUUGGAAAUGGACAAAUGGCACCACAUGCAAUCCUUGGUUUGAAAUUAGUGGGAAUGGAUCCUUUGCUUUUCUGAAUGCUGACAGAGUCCAUAGUUCUAGGGGAUUUAUUGAUAUCAAGUGGAUUUGCAGCAAACCUAAAUUUUAAUAGAGCAAAAAGCUGGAAAAUAACUAUCACAUGUCAGAGAUAGAGAGAAGGCUUAGGUGGG